AUGAAAAAAGAGGAAGAGAUUGUUUCAUGGAAACACAGAAAAAAAGCUUCCGGUGAUGGAUUCCGAUUGCAUUGCUCUCCAUUCGUUAAAUUUGGUAUAGAGGGAGAGAAAGAUAGCAACUUGCAGAAGAUGUCGGAGACAAUGGAUUCGUUCGAGAAACAGUUUGUGAACAUGGAAGUCCAAGCUGAGUUCAUGGAGAACGCAAUGGCGGGUUCAACUUCAUUGUCGACUCCAGAAGGAGAAGUCAACAGCUUGAUGCAGCAGGUAGCAGAUGAUUAUGGUCUCGAAGUCUCUGUUGGACUACCUCAGCCUGCUGGUCAUGCCAUUUCUACCAAGACCGAAGAGAAAGUCGAGGAAGAUGACUUGUCCAGGAGACUCGCCGAGCUUAAAGCCAGAGGAUAA